AUGUUCCAGGUAAAAUUAUAUAUAGGGACAUUAAAAUUGAUGGCAUGGGAUCAUUGACCUGAUCAGGUUGACUGUAUAACGUCAAAGGAAAUUCCCUAAAGGAUGUAGAUUAUCACACACGUGGCCAAACUUAUUUUUAUAUAAUCAUUUUAAACAGACUUUAAACAUUCUUGAUUAUUUAUCUUAGGUAAAUGUUGAAAUAAAAGAGGAAGGUCCAGUAAAGCCAGCCUGCCCUUUGAAAAGGAAAGGUCACCCCAAUAUGACUGAGGAGAGGAAGGCCAAGAGAAAAUGUCCAACAGACAGAAGUAAGGUGAGAAAAUGCGUCGCAUAAUUAGCAAUUAUUUAACAAUUUCCUAGAGCUGCUGGAUAAAUCGUUCUAAUUCGACAUGAAUUACCAAUACAGUAGGUAAUUCCAGCAUAAGUGGUAAAUUCAACAGUGGUAAAUGCCAGACAGUGAAUUACUGUACUGUACAUGUUAAUCAGAAACUUGGAGAGCGUAUUACAAAUCACACAGACUAUAUUACUCUGCUUAAUUUACAUUCUAGGUGGUUCCAAGCACAAAUCUCGCCAAAGUAGAUGGAAAACAAAAACUUGUGAAUGAAGUGUGAGUAAAUAUUCUUGUAAAUAGCAGAAAAUCAGAAACACAUGUACAUCGCCACUUGCAGUACAUGAUGUACUUACUUAUUUGACUUUUCACUUUACAGAACAGCAUUUGAGUGGAUUUUAAAGGCUCGAACAACAGAAAACCUUAAUAAAAUCCUACUUACGUAUGGACCAGUGCCAGUGACAUUAGGGAAUCUCUGCACCAUAGUCCCACCACAUCGUCUGAAAAAGAAGGAUAAAGCCGAGAUAAAAAAACAAUUGCCAAAGUUUGUUGCAGGAUGGUUGAGUGGUAUGGUAUGGUGUUGUAGUUACAGUGUAAUCAAUUCUAUACCAUUAACGUAUUGCAUGAGAGUAUAAAUAGCUAUACUGUAAUAAAAAUGUUCAAGUGGCAAAACCAAAACUAUUGCUGUACUGUUCAGGGCCGUAACUAGACGCGAUAAUUGGGAGGGGGGGUGAAUAUUCAUAUAAUCAUGUUCACAUACCGUAAAAACAAUCGCUUUCAAAAGAAAUCCGUCGGGCAGAACACGAGUAUACUCCACCCCCCAUUUAUCGCUCUAGUUAUGGCCCAGAUACUGUUCUGAAGUACAGUACUACUCAAAAUCCAUAACUUCAGCCUCUAUAUGUACAAAACUGUUUAUUUCCACUGAACAUUGUUGACAUGAAUAUUAAUAAGCAGAUUUCAUUGAAUGUGUACUUUGAAGAAAAGCGGCCAAAAUUACGUUUGUGACAGAUGAAGAUGUAAAUUUUUCAAUAUCAUCAGCUGCCUACCUAAAUUUAUUUGGUUUCUCUGUGUUAUUCCAGAUAAUAGAAGCAGAACUUCAUAGACUGGAAAAAGAGCAUCCUGACUGCAUUUCAGCUAACACAAGCGUUGAACAACUUGCAGUGCAUGAGGUUAAAAACACAAAAAGACUUUGGAUGAAUGUGGACUUUGCAACCAUAAAGAAGAUCUUUGUGCCAAUGAAUCCCUCGGGUUGUCACUGGAAUCUCUUGGUAUAA